GAAAUUUAAUGCUGUAGAAAUGCUUGGUUAUUCUGGUUUGCCGAUUUUGUAGCAUUUUUCCGUAUAUCCUGGACGAAAUCCUAAAUGACGUCGUGAAUUUUGCAAGCGACAGUUAUGAUUGUUUUGACGUUGUCACAUCUGAAUUCGUCACUGGAAUUCCAUGAGCAUCAAAACAGAAAAGUCUUCAACGCGGCGGAGAAAACGGCCGAGUUGUACGCAAACAGAACGAUUUAAUUCAAUGUCAGACGCAACGUUCGAUACAUGGUGUAAUUUAAAAAUUUCCAGUUGAACCAUUUCCAUCCGACCGAGGGCGCAAUGAAGAAAACAUGGGUGAAAAGGGAGAACAUCUACUACAAACCGUUCUACAAGCAAAAAACAAAAGUGACUUUAUUGGCGAUUUUCAUUCUCGCGAUAAUUUUCUUCUCGUAUCAGAUUUUUUAUAUUAACCAGUUACCAAGUACCAGUACAUCUUUAAGUUUAGAAAGUACGUAUUUGCCGAAGGAAACGGAGGAUGAUGGUGGUGCGAAGAGUGUCGCGACCGAGGAGGGUAUUAGGAUACUCAGAGGUAUAAGACUGCGAGACUACGAUGCUUAUCGACCGAGUUACGAGGGGAAAUUUCGUUGUCUAGACAGCGAUCCUGCUAUAGAGAUUGAUUUUAAUAAAGUCAAUGAUAAUUACUGUGAUUGUUUAUUGGACGGAAGUGACGAGCCAAGUACAAAUGCCUGUGUAAAUGGCAAAUUUUAUUGUAAAUUUCAAAAAAGACACAUUACCGGCAGAGGAUUGGAUGUUUGGAUUCCUAGUAGUCGCAUCAAUGACGGCAUUUGUGAUUGUUGCGAUGGAUCGGACGAAUGGGAAAAUAAAAAAUGUGAAAAUAAAUGCGUAUAGCUUAAAGUUGAUGGCA